UGAUCAGAUCACAAAGGGGACUCGGCAGGUGGCCACACAACCAAGCAGUCACAUCUGGACAAAUAGAAUUUAAAAGUAUAGAUGGACAUGUAUGAAGUUGGGAAGAAUGUCUGGUUUUGAUGAGAUACCCAUAAAGAAGAUUAAUUUCUACCAGAAUCCAAGUGGAGGCAUUGUCACAGGGUAAACCUCUGAAAGUAGCCCGGCCUGCAGACCACCUGGGAGACAUCCAGAGAUCACAGUGGAAUGCAGCUGCUCAGAUCCAUAAGGCUCGGCGACCAGUUCUACAAGGAAGCCAUUGAGCACUGCCGGAGUUACAACUCGCGGCUAUGUGCAGAGCGCAGUGUGCGGCUCCCCUUCCUGGACUCGCAGACUGGGGUGGCCCAGAACAACUGCUACAUCUGGAUGGAGAAGAGGCACCGAGGCCCAGGACUUGCCCCGGGCCAGCUGUACACAUACCCUGCCCGCUGCUGGCGUAAGAAGAGACGAUUGAACCCACCCGAGGAUCCGAAACUGCGGUUGCUGGAAAUAAAACCUGAAGUGGAGCUGCCCCUGAAGAAGGAUGGGUUCACCUCAGAGAGCACCACGCUGGAAGCCUUGCUCCGAGGGGAGGGGGUUGAGAAGAAGGUGGAUGCCAGAGAGGAGGAGAGCAUCCAGGAAAUACAGAGAGUUUUGGAAAAUGAUGAAAAUGUAGAAGAAGGAAAUGAAGAAGAGGAUUUAGAAGAGGAUAUUCCUAAGCGAAAGAACAGGACCAGAGGACGGGCCCGUGGCUCUGCAGGUGGCAGGAGGAGACAUGACCCCGCCUCUCAGGAAGACCAGGACAAACCCUACGUCUGUGACAUCUGUGGCAAGCGCUACAAGAACCGGCCAGGACUCAGCUACCACUAUGCUCAUACUCACCUGGCCAGCGAGGAAGGGGAUGAAGCCCAAGACCAGGAGACCCGGUCCCCACCCAACCACAGAAAUGAGAACCACAGACCCCAGAAAGGACCGGACGGGACAGUCAUUCCUAAUAACUACUGUGACUUCUGCUUGGGGGGCUCUACCAUGAACAAGAAGAGCGGGCGGCCCGAAGAGCUGGUGUCCUGCGCAGACUGCGGACGCUCCGGUCACCCAACCUGCCUGCAGUUCACCCUGAACAUGACCGAGGCCGUCAAGACCUACAAGUGGCAGUGCAUAGAGUGCAAAUCCUGCAUCCUCUGUGGGACCUCGGAGAAUGAUGACCAGCUACUCUUCUGUGAUGACUGUGACCGUGGCUACCACAUGUACUGUUUAAAUCCCCCUGUGGCCGAGCCCCCGGAAGGUAAUGGCGAUAAGGUCGACAGUCACAUCAGCUACCACUGCCAUUUACUGAGCCCCGACUAUGGUGCAGGCCUUGUGCUAAGGGCUUUGCAUACUUUGUCUCAUUUAAUCAUCACUACCCUCUGAGGUAGGUAUGACCACGACCCUUUUACAGAUGAAGAAACUGAGGCACAGUUCAACCAGCUGAAAUUUCAACUUGAGGACCAAAGCGAUGUUUCCCAGACAUAUGGCUGAGGUGGUGGGAGGUGGGA